UUUAAUCGAACGACGAUUAGCUGCUGCACGGGGAGCGGACGGAGCUGCACUCGCGGGAAAACAUGGCGGAAACGUGCUGUGUUUUCUUGUUAGCAACAUAAUCGAGCGCAAAAACCGCGUGAGAACCGCGUGACCACCAGAUACAUCGAUUCUCUGUUGGUCUUCACCUGUGGUCACAUGAUGCACAGUCCUGCUGACGCUGAAGACCCCGCCCUCUACUUCUGUAAGUACUGCACUGGCAUCUUUCAAUCACAGGCCUCCAUCUAUGGACACUUGAGGCAGGUGCAUCAUAUCAGUGAUGAAACUGAAGUGAGUGAUGCUGAUUCCCAACAGACACACACUCACAGCAGCAGCUUCUCAUGUCAGUGCUGUGAUUUCAAAGCCCAUCAUUGUGACUCUUUAAAGAAACACGAGAAACAGUGUCAUAAAAAGUCUAAAGAUCAAACUGUGAUGGGAAAAAAUAUCGUUCCUGAAAUGCAGCAGAGGAAUAUGGGUGCAGUCAUCUCUACCUCCAGCACGAGCUCAGUUACUGUAUCGAAGAAUCUGAAGAAGUACAAGGUGCCGUCACAAACACAAAGUGUCUCUAAAUUCUUUUCUCCAGCUUCUGAAUCAGAGGUAAAAACAUCAGUGACAUUAGCCGAGAGCUCCGAAAACUCUAAAGGAACCUUGAUUCUGCAAGAAUCACCGUCCAGUCUCAACAGCAAUGGUGUGUUCAAAGUCACUGCAAAGUCCAUCAUUGACAUCGACAAACCCCCCAGCUCCCACCGCUUCCUGCUUAAUGAUGACCUUUUUACCACUGAACUGAGAUCAGCCACGCCUAACGACCAUUUCGAAGAGACCGCUCCUGGAAAGAGUAGCGGGAAGAGGAGCUCCAGCGAAUCCCCUGAGAAUUGUACGACUAAAAAAGCAAAGUCGCACAAGGAUGAACCGGAUCCUGUCGUGUAUAAACUACCAACGCCGAGUGGCACAGACUUUUUGUUUGAAAUGAGUGAAGAUGAAGAAGAAAAUAAAGCGAGUGUUGUGGAUGGAGACACAAACAUUUAUCAGUGUAAACACUGUGACUACAGUGAUGAUGACAUUGGACGGACAGCAGCCCAUUACCAGAGUUACCACCCGUACGUACGACACAAUGCCAUCUAUGUUCAGGACUCGAGGGAUCGCAGUGCCACCUUUCGCUGUCUUGAGUGUCCUGUGGAGUUUUCAAGUGAAGCUGACCUCAAGAGACACUACAGAGAAGAGCAUUCAGAGGCCCCUGAAGUAUUCACAAUGCGUUCACACUUGCUAGUUCUCAAAUGUUUUGUGUGUCCACUCACCACUGAUGAAGUAAACAUCCUGAAGGAACAUUACAAGGAGAAACAUCCGGAACAUAAUCUGAAUAAUUCCCUUCUGUUCUGCAGAUACUCGGCAACAUCACGGGUGAAAACAGGCGCAAAUGAGUAUGACACCAAAAGAUCCGAAGAGAUUUCUCCCAAAAAUACCAAAACUCAACAUGAGGAAAUCAGAAUGUCCCCCUUACCCCUAAGCCCCAUGCCCAGAGGAGCAGACGAGGUUUUGUAUCAUUGCUACAAUUGCACAUUUCAUCACAAAUCAGCUGUUGCUGUGCAUGUCCACUAUCAGAAAAACCAUCCAGGCGAAGCUGUCACUAUCGACAAAAUCAAACAGUCAUCACAUCACAUUUCACAGAUGCGCCCCGGGCCAUCAGUGAGGGAAGUGGAAAACUUCACACCUCAGAAAACCGUAGUGGAAUCUUCCACUAAAGACAAAGCUGUACUCUCGCAGCAGAAAGUUUUAAUGUCCCUGAUGAAACUCAAGCACACGUUGGUCAUUUCUAAGACUUCAGAGUCUUCCAGAAGUGAGGGAGUCACAUCUGCACUGGAAGAAAAUGUGAAGAAAAAAGAGAAGCCACUGCUAAAAAGUGACCAACCACUGUCCACAGGAACCAACGCUUCUGUCUCCAGUUCAGCAGAUAAAGUGUUUUACUGCCAGGUCUGCAGUUACUCCAACACCAAUAUCAAGAGUGUUGUGGCUCAUCAUAACACAAAACACGUCAUGUAUGGACCCACGGGUAUGGAGGAGGUGCUAUGGUACAAUACCAAGAUGCAGAAGAAGAAACUGCAGCGUGAUACUGAGGCAUCGGGAACCUCUCCUUCCAAAUCUGUGAUGAGACAGCAACUGACAGCAUGCACUGAAAAGAAAGAGGUUUUAAAUCCAUAUGAAUGUGCAGAAAACCUGUUCUACUGUCAGAACUGCAACUUUGGAAAUCCGACUCUUAAAGGAGUCCUGAACCAUCAGAUCAUUGUCCACAAGCAUAUCAACACCAGCCGCAAACAUGUCAUCAAAUACACCACUGUGAUUCGCAAGCAAAUCCAAAAAUCAAAGUCAGAAUCUAAAGAGCCGUCUUCUGGUCUUCCUCUUCCUCUGAUGAGCAAAGGCGACGAAGACCAACUCUUCUGCCACCUUUGCAACUACAGACACAAAACUAUGUCUAAUGUUAUGACGCACUAUUUUAAGCGACAUCCUGGUUUUGUAAUGAACGCAGUACAGAUCAAAGAAUACAGCAUCACACUUGUCAGUCAAAUGCAGACAGCUCAGCCCAAAGAAGCAAAUCCUGCAUCUUGUCAGGACACGGGAAACAAAAAGAACAUGAAAACGCUGGGAAAAGGCUCAUCAGUGUCGACUGUGAGAGCGGAGGUGCCACAGAAGAGCAUUCAGUGCUACAGAUGUACAUUCAGCUGUCAGCAGGUGUAUCUGCUGAGGAGGCAUAUGUGGAAUAUUCAUCGUUCAAACCGCUCAGCCAUAGAUCUGCUGAGAACGUGUUUCAGGAAAGGAAUGAUCGAAUCAGGCUAUCACUGUGACACGUGCAUGUUCUCUGACACGGAUUCAGCUGUCGUUCACAAACACUACCAGGAGCAGCAUGCCAACCGGAAACUGACUCUCGACAACAUCACCGCAAGGUUAUACGUUGGCCCUGACCAGAGAAAAAAGCUGCAGACAAAGGCCGCUGCUGGUGUUACUGACGAUGACUGUGGGUCACUCUCCCAAAGAGUUGGACACGAUGAAACCAAUACUUUUUCAUGCAGAGCAUGCUCUUUUAAAGGCGACUCCAUGUUGAGCAUCAUGCGCCACUGUCGCAUUGUUCACCCCUGGUUUGUAAAAGAUGAUGGCUCAGUCCCAAAGGUCAUUACCAGUAAGAAACUUGCUGCCAGCAGCCAUGUUACAGAUGAGCAUGACACAACAGCCUCUUUUGACACCUAUCAGGUCCCACUGGAGUUUGAAACUCUGUCUGUUUCCUCUCAGGAAGCAACCAAAACUGUAAAGUGCCCACAUUGUGCUGCAGAGUUCACAAGCCAGCGUGGUCUCAAUACUCACUGUGGCCUCAAACACCAAGACACAGUGGUGAGAAACACAAUGCAAGUGCACAUCUUCAAGUGUCCUUACUGUACCUAUGUCAACACCAUCCAUCAUGGGGUCCUGACCCACUGUCAGAUGAGACAUCCAACCUCCGAGUCCCGGUCCAACAGUGUCCACGUGGACAAAGUUUACUUCAGCAGCUGGGAGAACUGUAAUGGAAAAUCUCUAGGCGACAGUGCGAGGUUUAAAGGCUACAUGUGUAAACGCUGCCCGCUGAUCUGUGCGACGCCAGAAAAGCUGAAGAAACACAUGAAGAGCAAACAGUGUGUGGCCCUCACCAAUUCACACAAAGCUACUGUUCAACUUUCUGCUGCAAGACAAUUCCCACCUUCUGCUGCCCUCAGGUACGUGUCAAAAACGUCAUUUCUGGCCAAGAAGAAAUAUUCCAAGGUGAAUUGUCAGCACUGUGACUACACCUGCAGCACAAAGAUUGCACUGAGUCGUCACCUGCAUGUUCACCACAGGGAGGAGCGUGUGUUUCUGUGCGCCCUGUGCUCCUGCUCCUACAACAGCAAGAAGCAACUGGGAAGCCAUUACACCAAGUCACACGGGAGGGAUGCUUUUCCGGUGCACAAACAGGUCACAGAACCAACGCUCAAAUUUACAGGCUGUCCUUUGACUCAGCAAAUGCAACACACCUCUAAGGCUGCAAUGAUGGACAAUAGUAAAAUCUCAGUUUACAAGUGUCCGCGCUGUCCAUACGUACACACCAGCUACCAUGGGACACUGACUCACUGCCAGAUGAAGCAUCCAACACUCAUCGCUCGAGCCGAUGCACUGACCACGGAGGAGGUCCUGGUGAGCAACAUGGUGAAGUGUACGACGGGAAAAGGUUCAAUGGGAAGACGAGGCUACAUGUGUCGCAAAUGUCCGCAAAUUCACGCAUCACUGCCCAAACUGAAAAGUCACAAUCAUAAGCAUCACAGUUUGCACACAACCACUAAACCUUCAGCCCGGAACAAGACGAAAAUAUCGCCUCAGCGGGGCGCCACAGAGUCUGAAGCUGCAUCAGCUGACCUCAGGCACCAACAUGCCGCUCCACUGUCAUGCAAUGUGAAGGAAAUGCUCUACAAGUGUCACAUGUGUGGCUACACCGGACUGUGUCGCAAAUACCUGCAGAGUCAUUACAGAAACAAGCACAAGCUGGAUGCAGUGAGCACGUCCAAACUGCUAGAGAAGUACAACAAAUACAAAUUCCAGCUGCCCAAGGCGUCCUGUGAUAACAGAGCGCUGGUCAAAUGUAAGGUGUGUCCAGACAUGGCGUUUGACUCCACUCAGCUGCUCGUCACUCACUACAGCACAUUUCACGACUGGAAACUUGACUUUAGGGUCGUGUCACGUACCUCGAAGAGGAGCACAGGUGUGUACAGGUGCUGUCACUGCAGGAAACGCAUCAACGGAAUCAGGAAGUUGUGUUUGCAUCUGGAUCGCCACAGAGUCUGGAAGAAGAAGAAAGCAGCUGUUGUCAUGAAGACGGCAACACUAGAGAUCACGUCCAGUGAAGUUAAUGAGGAGAGCGAUGCGCCUGUGUUCCAGUCGGUGACACCAAUGAAAUCCUUUACUCUUACUACGCAAACCUGUCCUCGUCGAGAGCUGCCAGAUCCAGAGCUGCCAGAGUCAGAGCUGCCAGAUCCAGAGCUGCCAGAGUCAGAGCUACCAGAGUCAGAGCUGCCAGAGUCAGAGUGUGAUGCACCAGAACACAAACACACGUGUGGACAGUGUGGACGUUCCUUCAUGUCUCUGAAAGGUCUGCGUUCACACGAACGCAGCCAUGCUGCUGUGGCUGCCAUCCAGAAACUGGACCAUGUGACUUUGUCGGCCCUGAAGCAAAAUGUAAACGAGUAUGUUGUCUUUAAAUGUGGGACGCUGCGACCAUUCCUCUGCAGCUUGUGCUCGUAUCGAACGACAGUGUUGGGUCUUUGGAGAAGUCACUUUCUGAAGAAACAUCUCGACGUUAUCGUGGACGUUGUGGCGGCAGACGACCAUAAGGAGGAGCCGACUGACCAGGAUCCUGAUAUUUCAGAGGAAAAUGAGGACGAACCUGAAGCAGAGGAUGAUUGUGACACUGAAAAGUCUCUGUACCUGGAGCCUCCAGAUGUUCAGCGGCAGCUGGACCACUACAGUGCAGUCGCACAGACGGCCGACGCCUGUAAAGGGAAUGUGACUGUGAACAAUCUGCUGCAUUGCGAGUUCUGUAACUUCAACACGGGUCACAUGUCGAGUGUUCGCCGUCAUUACUUAAACCGCCACGGGAAGAAGAUCCUUCGCUGUAAGGACUGUGAUUUCUUCACAGGUUUCAGAAAAAACCUGGAGGUUCACAUGGAGAGUGGUCACAUGACUCGCCGCUCAGAGUCCUCACUGCUGCGUUGUCCAUUUUGUCUUUACCAAACCAACAAGAAGAAUCACAUGAUUGACCAUGUUGAUCUGCACCGUGACGAGCGCGUGGUUGCCGUUGAGGUGCGACGUCCAAAGCUGUCACGUUACCUUCAGGGCGUGGUCUUCCGCUGUCACAGAUGCACUUUCAGCUGUGGCAACGGCGACAGUCUGCAAGCGCACAUGAAGAGACACGAUGAUGUCAGACCCUACAGGUGUCGACUGUGCUACUAUGACUGCACUCUGCUCAGCCACCUGGAGGCGCACCUGUGCCACAAGCACCAGAUUGUGAGGAAUCAUGAGCUUGUGGGUCAGGUGAUGUUGGAUCAGUUGGAGGCGGGGGUUAGCAGGUCAGAUGAGGAGGAGGAGUCAUUAUCAAACAAAGUCACGGUUCCUUCAGACACCGAUGACCCCGUGACCUCAGCAGGAAUCAAGAAGAUAAAGGACAUUUAUGUCAAACAUGAACAACGUGUAUCGUCUCCUGACACAGAACAAGUACAUGGUGGGAAUGUUGCAGAUGCCCAGUGUGAUGAAAGAGAGACAAGUGGUGAGGACUGCAGCGUGUUCCCUCUGCAGACAGAGGGGGCAGCAGAGAGCAGUGAGGAGGCCACAGAUGUGUACAGAGAAAUGCCUGUGCUGGAGAACGAGCUCCUGAAGGAGGCGCCACUUCCUCUGCAACAAUUCAAAGAAGACGAGGAGAAAGAUGAAGGGAUCAUUGAAGACGACAAGAACCACACACAGGGGGACGGAGAUGACAAUUCAGAUCAUUCACGUCUUCACACAUGUGCAAAAAACCUGGAGGCUUUAAUUUGUGCCUUGUGUGGACGGAAGCUGACGAGCAGCAGAGAACUGAAGCGUCACGUGAUGAGACACGGAAUCUGACGAGCAGCAGAGAACUGAAGCGUCACGUGAUGAGACACGGAGGCUGACGAGCAGCAGAGAACUGAAGCGUCACGUGAUGAAACACGGAGGCUGACGAGCAGCAGAGAACUGAAGUGUCACGUGAUGAGACACGGAGGCUGACGAGCAGCAGAGAACUGAAGCGUCACGUGAUGAGACACGGAGGCUGACGAGCAGCAGAGAACUGAAGCGUCACGUGAUGAGACACGGAGGCUGACGAGCAGCAGAGAACUGAAGCGUCACGUGAUGAGACACGGAAGCUGACGAUCAGCAGAGAACUGAAGCUUCACGUGAUGAGACACGGAGGCUGACGAUCAGCAGAGAACUGAAGCUUCACGUGAUGAGACACAGAAUCUGAGCUCAAUAUUGUUUACAAAUAUAUUUUUAAAUGUUUUCUAGUGAAACCUUUUUAUAAGUAGAAUUUAAAGAAAUAAAGUUGCUCAUGUUUCCGAUUAAAUCAUGUGACACUGUGAAACAUUUAGACUAAACUUUCUAUACAACCUCAACCUCAUGAACAAACUAUUUCCUGUUGAUUUGUUUGAUUUCAUAAUAAAAGCUAUUGUUUACA